UUGGUUGGAAGCGCUUGUAGCAGCUGCCGCUCGCGUCCACGGUAUGACAGACCGCAAUUCGGCAGACGGGCGCAGAAACUCCUGGGAGCUGGAGCUGGACAAGCUGGACAACAUGGACAGACGCACACGCUUCCAGGUUAACAGGGUCGACACGACCAACGCCGACGAGGACGAGAUGCAGAAGCUCACGUCCAACCCGGACCAGGACGAUCAGCCGGACGCGGCCGAUAUGUCGACUGGGUACGACACGAAAUACGCCAAAAGCUUCCGUCACUUCACGCGGGAAGCACUGCCCCGGCUUGACAACUACAGGAACAUCAUGUCCAUCCAGGCAGCUUACAGACCGACACUCGACGAACUCCACAACGCCACUGUCCACGGAAAGCCGGCCCAUACGCAGCUGAAUAUGCCGCAAAACGAAGGCGAAGGGGUGAUCAAAUUCGGAUGGAUCCAGGGCGUGUUGGUGCGAUGCCUGCUCAACAUCUGGGGCGUGAUGCUCUUCCUGCGUCUCUCGUGGGUGGUCGGACAGGCCGGAAUCGGUCACGCAUUUUUAAUCAUAUUGAUCGCGAGCGCUGUGACCCUGGUGACCGCUCUGUCCAUGUCCACAAUUUGCACCAAUGGACAAAUCAAGGGAGGUGGGACGUACUACAUGAUUUCGAGAUCGCUCGGUCCCGAGUUCGGUGGCUCCAUUGGCCUGAUCUUCUCGCUGGCCAAUGCAGUCGCCUGCUCCAUGUACGUGGUCGGCUUUUGCGAGUCACUCACUGACCUUUUGCGCUCCUACGAUCUCAGCAUUUUCGAUGGUGGCAUUCAAGACGUCCGGAUUAUCGGAUCGAUCACCAUUGUUAUUCUCACCGUCAUUGUCGUCGUCGGAAUGGAAUGGGAGGCCAAGGCCCAAAAUGUUCUCCUGGUGAUACUCCUGAUCGCCAUGCUUGACUUCCUUUUUGGCUGCUUUUACGGCCCCCUGGACGAUGAAGAGCGGGCCAAGGGAUUCGUCGGGCUGAGUUUUGAAACGCUGUCCAAGAACUUCUUCUCAGCAUACCGAGAGCAGGACGGCGAGAGCCACUCGUUCUUCUCCGUCUUCUCCAUCUUCUUUCCCGCAGCUACCGGCAUCUUGGCCGGCGCCAACAUCAGUGGCGACCUCGCUGACCCGCAGACUGCAAUCCCCAAAGGCACCCUGAUCGCCAUCCUGAUCACCUCCGCCUCCUAUCUCGGUUUCGCGGCCCUCGCCGGCGGCAGCGUCGAGAGGGACGCAAUGGGCAAUGUCACGGCCUACGAGAUGGGAGUCAACAUCACCGACUGCCCUGAAACUGGGUGUGAGUGGGGCCUCAUGAACAACAAGCAGGUUAUGGAGCUGGUUUCCCUGUUUGGACCGCUGAUUUACGCUGGCUGUUUCGCAGCCACCCUGUCGUCGGCGUUGGCCAGUCUGGUGUCCGCGCCCAAAGUCUUCCAAGCCCUCUGCAAAGACAAUUUGUACCCGUACAUCUCGGGCUUCGCCAAGGGCUACGGCAAAAAUAACGAACCCGUCCGUGGCUACGUUCUCACCUUCGUCAUCGCCGUCGUGUUCAUUCUCAUUGGGGAACUCAACACCAUCGCUCCGCUCAUUUCCAAUUUCUUCCUCGCCGCAUACGCUCUGAUCAACUUCAGUACAUUCCACGCCUCCCUGGCUAAACCUGUUGGAUGGCGACCUACAUUCAGGUUUUACAACAUGUGGCUCAGUCUCAUCGGCUCCGUUCUCUGCGUGUCAGUCAUGUUUCUCAUCAGCUGGGCGACCGCUCUCCUCACUUUGCUCUGUGUCCUUGCCCUCUACCUGAUCGUGACCUACAGGAAACCAGAUGUCAACUGGGGGUCGACAACGCAGGCCCAGACCUACAACAACGCACUCAUGUCAGUGCAGCAGCUGAGCAACGUGGAAGACCACGUCAAGAACUACCGCCCGCAGAUUUUGGUUCUCUCAGGAAUGCCCAGCUCUCGGCCGCCGCUCGUCGACUUUGCUUGGCUCAUUUCCAAAAAUCUUUCUCUCAUGAUCUGCGGCCACAUCUUGAAGGGUCCGGUUCCCCAAAGGGCGAGGCACGCUCUUGGCUCCAACGCGCAGGAUUGGCUGCGAAAGCACCACAUCAAGGGCUUCUACUCAAUGAUCGAGGACUCGAGCUUCGAGAAUGGAGCUAAGUCUCUGAUGCAGGCGUCGGGCGUUGGCAAACUGAAGCCAAACAUCCUGCUGAUGGGCUACCAGACCAACUGGCUCAAAUGUACUCCUGACGAGCUCAACAUGUACUUUGACACCAUGCACAAAGCCCUGGACAUGCACCUGGCGGUGGCCCUGUUGCGGGUGCAGGGAGGCUUGGACUACUCUGCACUGCUCUCUCCGAGCGAAGAAAUGCGCAAUGGAAAAGUGGACAAAGCCGCCCAGCCCGUGCCGCACAGCAACUCGGCUGACUCUCUCACUAGAAACCAGUCGUUCUCGCAAAUGUCCCAAGAGCUGGCUAAAUAUUUGGGAGUGGGAUUUCUUCAAAUUCCCAGGGCUGCCAGCACCACCAGCGACAUCACUCCGCCCAGGUCGCCUAAUACGAGCCAAAGCCGAAACUCAAACAGCCCUGUCGGCCCCUCAGGAGACGUGGAAAACGGAACCCCGAAUGCUGCCGAGGAGGUUCCUGAGGAGAAAGGCGGCGCGCUUACUGUGCCGCAAGAGAAAACGGACAAGGAGAAGGACAGUUCCAGGGUGAACUUGUACAAGGGAGCCGAUGGAAUUGAGCUGCCGAAAGAGCACAUCAACAACCUGACACAGUUCACGAGGAAACAGAAAAAAGGCACCAUCGACGUUUGGUGGUUGUACGACGACGGCGGCUUGACCCUGCUCCUGCCAUACAUCAUCAGCACUAGAAGAAAUUGGUCGGCCUGCAAGCUCAGGGUGUUCGCACUUGCCAACAAAAAGGACGAGCUGGACACCGAGCAGAGAAGCAUGGCCAGUCUUCUGUCCAAAUUCCGAAUUGACUACUCAGACUUGAAAAUCAUUCCAAACAUAACGAAAAAGCCGCAAGAGUCCACCAAGAAGCUCUUUGACGAGUUCAUUAAGGACUUUACAAAAGACAAAGAUGGCGUGGAGGACAGCGCGCCCAUCAGCGAAUCUGAGCUUCUUGCCAUGAAGGACAAAACGAACAGGCAUCUGAGGUUGAGGGAGCUUCUUUUGGAGAAUUCGAAUGAAGCGAAUUUAGUUGUCAUGACUUUACCGAUGCCGAGGAAAGGAGUGGUUUCGGCGCCCCUUUACAUGGCCUGGUUGGAGACCCUGACGAGAGACAUGCCGCCUUUCCUGCUGGUCAGAGGCAACCAAACGUCCGUUCUCACCUUCUACUCCUAGUCGCCGCAUCCUGUUGCUAUCAGUAUUAAAAAGACUCGCGUGAGGUGGUGGGACCGAGAAACAAGCCAACAAGAAAUUCCAGCUAACCCCUUUUUCGUCAAAACAAAACUAAAGUUUCGAAACAGUUGUCGCGUUUAGUGUACUUAAGCUGUAUCUCGUAUUUUUUAUGUUGCUGCAAACAACUCGAAAUGCAUUUAAACAAACAGAAAUCGAAUCUCCAUUUUUGUCUUUAGUUCCCUCGCAUAAAGGAAGUAUUUAUGUUUUCAGCCAACGUUUCGGUUCGCCUUGCCUGCAUUGUCGCAUGGCUCGACGUACUCUUCAUCCGACAUGUUUUGUUUUAAAAUCAAUUGAUGUGCCUAAAACGAUAGUACAUAAUAUUUUAUUAAAAAUCUUGGAGUAAA